AUGACUUGGCUCUUCUUUGCGUAUCCAGUGCUUGUGCUAGCUCUGAUGGGCGUCGCCAUCUACGAACACAUCAAUAGUGUUACCCUUUCUCUCCCACUUUCCCCAGUUCUGACCUUCCUGAGCAUCCUGCUCCCCAUAUUCGCUGCCGCAAAUGCAUAUGCCCUCCCCUACCUGCUCCGUGCGACAUCGCGCUCCUCGAAUCGGCUAUGGGUUAACCUGGCACACCCCGCCGUCACCCAAGGCCUACAAGGCAUCCUGGCCGUCGUCUUCGCCACGCUGUACACCACCUACAUUGUGCCGGGCGCAUCUCGGGACUGCAGCCUGUCGACCAUCUGGCAGCGGCUUUUCCGCGCCAAGGAUGCCCAGUCCAUCAAGGCCAUCCAGGACGCCUUCGAGUGCUGUGGCUUCCGUACUGUCAAGGAUAUGUCGUGGCCCUUCCCCCCUGCUGAGAUUGCGUGCGCACAGCUUUUCAACAGGGACUCUUCAUGCCAGGGCCCCUGGACAGGCGCACUGCAGCGCAGCGCCGGCGUCGAGCUAGGUAUCGUCGUCGUGGUUGCGAUACUUCAGGUUGUGAGCUUGGUCUUCCCGCAACAGUUCGCAGGGCGAUUUCAUGAGUUCUCCUGGCGCCGUUUCUUUGGUGGGCGCAGGCGGAAUGGCUCUGAAUCCGGCGCCUCCUCCAAUCGGCCCCUGCUAACUGACCGCGAUACAUCGGCCGAAGAGGUCGACGAGGAGGUGGGCAAUGCGCCGCAGACGAAUGGUUAUCGAUAUGGAGCUCUCGAUGAGCGGAAUGGAGAUGGACCGAGGAUCGAGCCGUCUGGCCUGCGUCAGGACGGGAACGAGUGGCGAGAUGCGUGA